CCGCAACUGUUCAGCAUGGCGUCACGCCGACCUGCCCAUUCCGCAUUGUGAUCUCCUCUCGCCACCCGUUGUCCCCAUGGAGCCCGCGCUUCUCUCCGCAAUCUCCGCAAUCCACGCGGCGCCAGCCCGUGCCGUGAUUGCCGUCACGGGAGGCGCGUCGCAGGCCGUGGGGUGGCUAGUGGCGGUGCCAGGCGCGUCGCAAACCGUCCUGGAGGCUGUGCUGCCGUACUCGCAGCGCGCCUUCGACCAGUACGUGGACGCCACGUGGCACGCGCAGGCGCAGGUGCAGCAGGCGCAGCUGAUUGUGCAGGCGCGGGGGGAGGACGGGCGGGCGGAGGGGAGUGCGGAGGAGGGAUGGGGGGCCGGGGGGGAGGAGGGAAAGGGUGGUGUGGAUGGAUCGCAAAAGCAGCAAGCUAGACAGUAUGUGAGCCGGGCAGCAGCACAGCAGCUCGCCUUCGCAUCGUACAGUCGAGCUCUCACUCUCGCUCCCAUCGCGCAGCCAGUGGUGGGCAUCGGGUGCACAUGCGCGCUGGUGUCCAGUGCGCCCAAGAGAGGCGCGCACAGGUGUCACAUCGCCGCCCGGUCGCAAGGCAUGCUCUGGGAAUACUCCCUGCACCUAUCCAAGGAGGCUCUGCGGUCCCGGCAGCAGGAGGAUGACAUGGCCAGUCGCCUCGUCAUCCGGGCGCUAGCAGCGAGCAUGGGGCUGCCAGCAGUGGCGGGGGGGGUGGCGGUGGGGGAGGGGCGGGGGGAUGGAGCUGAGGAGGCAGCAGCGGUGGUGGGGCGGGGGGAGCAGAUACGGGAGGUGCUCGAGGGGCGAGUGCCGUAUGCUGUCUUUGCCGCUCCAUCCUGGGCGAGCAGGUGGGGGGCAGCAGGGGAAGGGCGCAGAGUGGUGCUGUGCGGUUCCUUCAACCCGCUGCACCAGGGGCACACUGACCUCAUGGCGGCUGCACUGAGGGAGGUACCGGGUGGGGUGCCAUGCUACGAGAUGGCGGCAUGGAAUGCGGACAAGGGAGCUAUUCCCGUGGACGAGGUGGAGAGGCGAGUCGACCAGUUCACUGCACACGGUCACAUGGUGGUGGUGACCCGGCUGCCUCUCUUUGCCAGCAAGGCGUCGCUCUUCCACCACUCCACCUUUGUUAUCGGCUACGACACUGCGGUGCGCUUGCUCGACCCAAAGUAUUAUGGCAACAGCCAUGAGAGCAUGAUGGGGGUGCUGCACGGCAUUGCCCGCACCGGCUGUGAUUUCCUCGUUGCCGGCCGGCUUGUUGGCUCCACAUUCCAGUCGUCCGACAGUCUUGUGGUGCCUGAGUUCCUACGCGUUCUCUUCCGCGUCAUACCAGAGUCCAGCUUCCGAGCCGACAUCUCUUCCACUCAAAUCCGAGCUCAACACGCCGCUCAUGCUGCUGCUGCUGCUGCAACUGAUGCUGCUUCGUGAAGCUGGUAGUCCUAGCGAUUGCUGCAGAUGCUGUUGCAGUCCGGUGGUUGCUUCUGGAAGCCACUGAGACAAGGGUCUAAAGACCAGUCAAAAGAAGAACAGGCAAAACAAGAACAAGACCAGGGCGGCACUACUACCGUAAUCCCCCGGCUAUUGGACCCUAUGGUCUUCUUAGAAUUACAGGAAAAGGUGUCAAGGUGGACAUUAAUGUGGAUGGAAAUUAUUAGGACCCAUGUUCACAUACUUUACACUUAAGUGUCUAUUGUGCUGGAUGUACAGCAUUUGUAC